AUGAUUAACAUUCGAAAAACACACCCCCUCCUAAAAAUUAUCAACCACUCUUUUAUUGACCUACCCACCCCAUCCAACAUCUCUGCAUGAUGAAACUUCGGGUCUUUAUUAGGAAUAUGCCUAAUUAUUCAAAUUCUCACCGGACUAUUCCUAGCAAUACACUACACCUCUGACACAUUCACCGCCUUUUCCUCCGUAGCCCACAUUUGUCGUGACGUUAAUUACGGCUGAUUACUACGUAAUCUACACGCUAAUGGGGCUUCCAUAUUCUUUAUAUGUUUAUUCUUACAUGUUGGCCGAGGAAUUUACUAUGGAUCUUAUCUAUACAAAGAAACAUGGAACAUCGGAGUAGUCCUCCUACUUACCGUUAUAGCCACAGCAUUUGUUGGCUAUGUCCUCCCUUGAGGCCAAAUAUCAUUCUGAGGUGCUACCGUAAUUACAAACUUACUAUCAGCUAUCCCUUACAUUGGCACAACCCUAGCAGAAUGAAUUUGAGGGGGUUUCGCAGUAGAUAAAGCAACUCUUACACGAUUCUUUGCCUUCCACUUUAUUCUACCAUUUAUCAUUAUAGCAUUAACCAUUGUCCACCUACUCUUUCUACAUGAAACAGGCUCUAAUAACCCAUCGGGCAUCAACCCAAACUCAGAUAAAAUUCCAUUCCACCCAUACUAUACCAUCAAAGAUACCUUAGGAUUUAUAUUUCUCCUCUUAACACUCCUUAUCCUAACCCUUUUCUCACCAGACUCCCUAGGUGACCCAGACAACUUCUCACCUGCUAAUCCCUUAAAUACUCCUCCACACAUUAAACCAGAAUGAUACUUCCUAUUUGCAUAUGCCAUCCUACGCUCUAUCCCUAACAAACUAGGAGGCGUUCUCGCUUUACUAGCUUCUAUCCUAAUUCUCCUAAUCAUUCCACUACUUCACACAUCCAAUCAACGAAGCAUAAUAUUCCGCCCAAUCUCCCAAACCUUAUUCUGAAUUCUCACUGCAAACCUAAUUACACUUACCUGAAUCGGGGGCCAACCAGUAGAACAACCGUUCAUUAUCAUUGGUCAGUUGGCUUCUGUGCUUUACUUCCUACUCAUUCUCGUCCUCAUACCUCUCGCAGGUCUAUUCGAAAAUUAUAUACUAAAACCUAAGUGAAGA